GUCAUUGUGAAUUCCGUGAAACAGUUAUUGAUUUGGUGUAAAGGGUAUGCUUCAAGUUGCGUGAUCGAUGUGUUUCUCGUCUCCACGUUCGCUUUGAAAUCCAUCGGAAAUCCGUCUUCGGCCCGCAGCUGGGCCCGACCGAACAGCGAGAUCUGAUAACCUCAGAAGUCUUGGCAUUUACAAUUUCCAGCCAAGCAUCGCAAUCGAACCUCAGAAUACUCCAGCGAACGGCAUCGCCCGCGACCACUCGUUCCGCCGCCAAUCAAUCGAUCGAGGGAUCGGUCUUCUCCUAGGAAUAGGCCUCAGGAAAGAACAGCCAGGCCAUAGAUUUUCACAGCCAUGUCUCAAGUAGUAGGCAAGACGCGCCUUGCGUACGCCCGCUCAUGGCACCUCAUUGACAUCGGCUCCCACCCACGAGCCCUUGGGCGCGUCGCCUCCUCCAUCGCGCUGGCCCUGAUGGGCAAGCACAAGCCAAUCUUCGACCCGUCAACUGACUGCGGCGACUACGUGGUGGCCAUUGACUGCGCCAACCUGCACACAACCGGCAAAAAGCGCUUCCAGAAACUCUACCGCACACACACAUCACGCCCCGGCUCGCUCAAGGAGAUCAACAUGGACCGCAUGAUGGCGAAGUGGGGCGGCGGCGAGGUCCUGAGAAAGGCGGUCAGUGGAAUGUUGCCGAAGAAUAGGCUGAGGAAGGAGAGACUGGCGAGGUUGAAGACGUUUGAGGGCACGGCGCAUCCGUACGGGGAGAAUAUUUUGAGGGUUGGGAAUGGUGGGGGACAGAGUAUUGCGGAGCUUCCGGAGGUCAAGAGGGCGUUCGAGGGGCUGAAGGAGGCUGGGCAGGCGCCAGCGUCAUAGCGAGGUUGAAGUGGAAGGGGAUUGUAAGAUUGUGGGGCUGACGGAGUUGGUCUGUAAGAUCUGUGUAUACCAGGAGCAGCAUCACAUGGAUACGGCGUUCAGUGCUGUGUUGGAAUCUAUUGUAGCAUAUACCAAGAUAUAUUCUCCAACAUCAAUGUGUGGGCGAGACGCUUACAACGAC